GUUGAGGUAUGUUUAGAGCUAUCGUGUCAUAAUACGUACUCCAACAGUAUUUAACCCGGCACUGUGAGUAGAUCAAAAUGAUGAACAAUGCUUCCACCUCUGGUCUACUCCAGUUUUACCCAGAAGAUGUACAGUAAAUUGCAGCUGCAUUUGUAUGUUCAGGUUGUGGAGAAAAUUUUCACAAACGUUGUGUGACAAAUUUACCUCAUAAUUGUUCCGCGAUGGCUCACCACCUUUCGAACACUGCAUUUCAAAAGAACGAUAAGGUACUAUCUGCUUUCGUGUGACUUGUUAUUUUUCAUUAAACUUUAGGUGGCAACGGGUAUCAAAUUAGGGAAAAUGCAGCACUCGUUUUCCAUCCAUAGUUAUCGAACUCCAACUAGAUGCCAAAUAUGCAAACUGUUAUUGAUAGGAUUUAGUAAACAAGGAUAUCAAUGUAAAGGUACGAUCACAUCAGUUUCAGUAGUCUGAAAAAAAUGAGUAACUUUUCUCAAUGAAGCGAAUCUGAGCUGAUAGCAGGCACUCGGUAUCAUUACUUAAACUCUGCCGUUAGAUGAUAUUUUGUACACUAAAUAGGAAUCACCAAUGUAAAGAUUUAUGAAGUUAUUUUUCUUGAAAACAAAGUAGACAAACAAACAAAUAUAUGAAGACGUUCUUUGACAUAUUGGUUCGUUUCUUUCCUUUGUAGAUUGCAAACUACAUGUUCACAAGAGUUGUAUGCAUAAAGCUACAAACAACUGUUGUGGCUUACCACCAGUUAGCUUAGAACAAGGUAAAAAUUUAUCUCUCGAUAAUUUAUUUCAUACUAACUUAGUUACCUGGUAAUUCUGAAUUUUCGCUAGUAUUUUCCUUCUUUUUUAUUUUGUUAAGAUAAUGAUGUCGCGUAUGAGUACAUCGUUCACCGUAAUACAUCAUCUUCACCACCAAUUGAUUGUAUUACUGAUCCAUCCAAUGUGUUAUUAAACAACAAGCAAGCACUCAUAAAUGACCAAACAUUUGUCAGUGGUGUUGAUUGGAGCAACAAUGCUCUACCAAGUUCUCACUGUUGGUUUCCAAUAGAGAAUGAUACAUCAUGUCAGUAUCCAAAUUGUAUUUUGCCGUUAACCGCUAGAGGGUUGAAUCCCAAUGGGACUGUUCUUGUGCAAUGUGGUUCAUGUUCAUUAAUCCUCCAUUCUUAUCAUAUUGAUGAUAAAAUGGUUCCAUUGUGUCGACUAUCGUUUGUCGAUGACAAAAUAGAUGAGUCACAGUUAGAUCAACAUCACUGGAGUAAUGUGAAUGUGUUAACAAAACCUUGUAAUCUAUGUAACUGUAAAUUUAAUACCAUUUUAACGCGUCCUAUGUCAACAACAACAGCUAUUGAGCGGUCGUCAUUAAAACAUUCCACUACAACAGAUAAUACAGAAUAUUCAUGUGGAAUAAGAUGCUUAUGGUGUUCAAGAACCUAUCAUAAGAAAUGCUUCGAAAAAUUAGAUUCAAAACUGAAAAAUGUUUGUGAUUACGGCACGCUAAGGGAAGCCGUCAAAAGUCGCAUCGGUGAAUUUAUGUACUAUAAAUUCACCGGUACUUUGAUUGGAAACAAAAUUGAGAACAGUAUUAUUCAAUAUGCCGAAGAAAAAGAAUAUAGAACUAUCGUAUAA